AUGAGUCAAGAUGCCUCUCGCCCCGGUAGCGUGCAAGAUAUUGUGUUUUUACCUCCCGUUGACCCUUUUUUCCAGCCUGAGGGCCCUGCUCAAAAUUCUUCCUAUGAAUUGCGCCUCGAGUUGCAAAGAUCACUGCCUGUGUUGACAUCACGAACGCGAAUACCAUCACUGCGAGAUCUGCCCGCUGUCCCAGCAGCCAACAGAGCUCCUUCUCCUGAGCCUCCAGAGCGGCUUCCAGAAAGUGUCGCUCAGUCACCCGAAGCACAUCUGGAGGCUCGCUGUUUACAAGCGCCUCCCAAAGGCCCCUCUCCAUUCAUUUCGUCUACUUCCAGAGAUACAAGGAAACCUCUCAAGGUCCAGACAACUCAUCGGCCUAUGGAAAUAGUAUUUGUCAAAUUCAUGGAAGUGGCCGCCCACACGGCGAAAUGCGACUUAUGCGACGAACGAAACAGAGACGGCAUGUCUCGCUGCCAAACAUGCGGCUGGCAGUGCUGUCGCCGGUGCUACGGCGACAGGGGCGGAAAUUGCUCUCACCAGUCCUUCAAGAGCAUCCAUGCUUCCGAAGAAUCGUAUCGCACUUCCAGCUUGGGCGCGAACCCCGGCACCCCGACCAGCAACGCGACCCCGAGAGAACAGUCCUCGUCGUUUCUCAGCAGCCCGCCGCCAAGCGAAGAACAGCAAGCUGCGGAGGCUCUGAUGAACAUGAGCUCUAGUCCGCCUGGAGCUAAGUGCGAGACCUCCCCUAGAGGUGGACAGCGCACUGAGCGGUCGGAGAGUAUGAUUGCGCAGCGGGGAGAUUUUAGCGACAGCGAGAACGAGACAAUUUCCAUGCCAGAUAGCGAUAUCACAGGGGGAGAUCUUGAUCUGCCGGAAUCGAUGGUCAACGUUCGACGGAACCCAUCACGCAAGGCCCGGCCUGCAGACUUAUCCGAGAAUCAGGAGUAA